CCCACCAUGGCGGCCCAGGUGACGCUGGAGGACGCGCUGUCCAACGUGGACCUGCUGGAGGAGCUGCCCCUGCCCGACCAGCAGCCCUGCAUCGAGCCCCCGCCGUCCUCGCUGCUCUAUCAGCCCAACUUCAACACCAACUUCGAGGACAGAAAUGCGUUUGUCACCGGCAUCGCGCGGUACAUCGAGCAAGCCACCGUCCACUCCAGCAUGAACGAGAUGCUGGAGGAGGGCCAGGAGUACGCCGUCAUGCUGUACACCUGGAGGAGCUGCUCCCGCGCCAUCCCGCAGGUGAAGUGCAACGAGCAGCCUAACAGAGUGGAGAUUUACGAGAAGACCGUGGAGGUCCUCGAGCCCGAGGUCACCAAGCUGAUGAAUUUUAUGUACUUCCAGCGGAACGCCAUCGAGCGCUUCUGUGGGGAGGUGAGGCGUCUGUGCCACGCCGAGCGGAGGAAGGACUUUGUGUCGGAGGCCUACCUGAUCACGCUGGGCAAGUUCAUCAACAUGUUCGCCGUGCUGGACGAGCUCAAGAACAUGAAGUGCAGCGUGAAGAACGACCACUCGGCCUACAAGCGGGCUGCCCAGUUCCUGCGUAAGAUGGCGGACCCGCAGUCCAUCCAGGAGUCGCAGAAUCUGUCCAUGUUUCUGGCCAACCACAACAAGAUCACGCAGUCCCUGCAGCAGCAGCUGGAAGUGAUCGCGGGCUACGAGGAGCUCCUGGCGGACAUCGUGAACCUGUGCGUGGAUUACUACGAGAACAGGAUGUACCUGACGCCCAGCGAGAAGCACAUGCUGCUCAAGGUCAUGGGCUUUGGCUUGUACCUGAUGGACGGCAGCGUCAGCAACAUCUACAAGCUGGACGCCAAGAAGAGGAUCAACCUGUCCAAGAUCGACAAGCACUUCAAGCAGCUGCAGGUGGUUCCGCUGUUCGGGGACAUGCAGAUCGAACUGGCAAGAUACAUCAAGACCAGCGCCCACUACGAGGAGAAUAAGUCUCGCUGGACGUGCACGUCCUCGGGCAGCAGCCCACAGUACAACAUCUGCGAGCAGAUGCUGCAGAUCCGCGAGGACCACAUGCGCUUCAUCUCCGAGCUGGCACGCUACAGCAACAGCGAGGUGGUCACCGGGUCAGGCCGCCAGGAGACCCAGAAGACGGACGCCGAGUACCGGAAGCUCUUCGACCUGGCCCUGCAGGGCCUGCAGCUCCUGUCGCAGUGGAGCGCACACGUCAUGGAAGUGUACUCCUGGAAGCUGGUGCACCCGACCGACAAGUACUCCAACAAGGACUGCCCCGACAACGCGGAGGAGUACGAGCGUGCGACGCGCUACAACUACACCAGUGAGGAGAAGUUCGCGCUGGUGGAGGUGGUCGCCAUGAUCAAAGGCCUUCAGGUGCUGAUGGGCCGGAUGGAGAGUGUGUUCAACCACGCCGUCCGGCACACCGUCUACGCUGCGCUGCAGGAUUUCGCGCAGCUGACCCUGAGGGAGCCGCUGCGGCAGGCCAUCAAGAAGAAGAAGAACGUCAUCCAGAGCGUCCUGCAGGCCAUCAGGAAGACCGUGUGUGACUGGGAGACCGGGCACGAGCCCUUCAACGACCCGGCACUGCGUGGCGAGAAGGACCCCAAGAGUGGCUUUGACAUCAAAGUGCCUCGGCGUGCCGUGGGGCCCUCCAGCACACAGCUGUACAUGGUGAGAACCAUGCUGGAGUCCCUCAUUGCGGACAAAAGUGGUUCCAAGAAAACCCUGAGAAGUAGCCUUAAGGGGCCUGCCAUACUGGACAUAGAAAAGUUCCACCGCCAGUCCUUCUUCUACACGCACUUGAUCAAUUUCAGUGAAACGCUGCAGCAGUGCUGUGACCUCUCGCAGCUGUGGUUCCGCGAGUUCUUCUUGGAGCUGACCAUGGGCAGGCGCAUCCAGUUCCCCAUCGAGAUGUCCAUGCCCUGGAUCCUGACCGACCACAUCCUGGAGACCAAGGAGGCGUCCAUGAUGGAGUAUGUCCUGUACUCCCUGGACCUGUACAACGACAGUGCCCACUACGCGCUCACCAAGUUCAACAAGCAGUUUCUGUACGACGAGAUCGAGGCGGAGGUGAACCUGUGUUUUGACCAGUUUGUCUAUAAGCUGGCCGACCAGAUAUUUGCGUACUACAAGGUCAUGGCGGGGAGUCUGCUCCUGGAUAAGCGGCUACGGUCAGAAUGUAAGAACCAGGGGGCCACGAUCCACCUCCCGCCGUCCAACCGCUACGAGACGCUGCUCAAGCAGAGGCACGUGCAGCUCCUUGGCAGGUCCAUCGACCUGAACCGUCUGAUCACGCAGCGCGUCUCGGCAGCCAUGUACAAGUCUCUGGAGCUGGCCAUCGGGCGGUUCGAAAGCGAGGACCUGACGUCCAUCGUUGAGCUCGACGGCCUCCUGGAAAUCAACCGCAUGACCCACAAGCUGCUGAGCCGGUACCUGACGCUGGACAGCUUCGAUGCCAUGUUCCGGGAAGCCAACCACAACGUGUCGGCGCCCUACGGGAGGAUCACCCUCCACGUCUUCUGGGAGCUCAACUACGACUUCCUGCCCAACUACUGCUACAACGGCUCCACCAACCGGUUUGUUCGGACAGUACUACCUUUCUCUCAGGAAUUUCAAAGAGAUAAGCAGCCAAACGCACAGCCCCAGUAUCUGCAUGGGUCCAAGGCCUUGAACCUGGCCUACUCCAGCAUCUACAGCAGCUACCGGAACUUCGUGGGGCCCCCGCACUUCCAGGUCAUCUGCCGGCUGCUGGGCUACCAGGGCAUCGCCGUGGUCAUGGAGGAGCUGCUGAAGGUCGUCAAGAGCCUGCUGCAAGGCACGAUCCUGCAGUACGUGAAGACGCUGAUGGAGGUCAUGCCCAAGAUCUGCCGCCUGCCCCGGCACGAGUACGGCUCUCCCGGCAUCCUGGAGUUCUUCCACCACCAGCUGAAGGACAUCGUGGAGUACGCGGAGCUGAAGACCGUGUGCUUCCAGAGCCUGCGGGAGGUGGGCAACGCCGUGCUCUUCUGCCUGCUCAUCGAGCAGAGCCUGUCUCUGGAAGAAGUGUGUGACCUGCUGCACGCGGCGCCCUUCCAGAACAUCUUACCACGCGUCCACGUGAAAGAGGGCGAGAGGCUGGACGCCAAGAUGAAGCGACUGGAGGCGAAGUACGCCCCCCUGCACCUCGUGCCGCUCAUCGAGAGGCUGGGGACCCCGCAGCAAAUUGCCAUCGCGAGAGAGGGGGACCUGCUGACCAAGGAGCGUCUCUGCUGCGGCCUGUCCAUGUUCGAGGUCAUCCUGACACGGGUCCGGACUUUCCUGGAUGACCCCAUCUGGCGUGGGCCUCUGCCCAGCAACGGGGUGAUGCACGUGGACGAGUGCGUGGAGUUCCACCGGCUGUGGAGUGCCAUGCAGUUCGUCUACUGCAUCCCCGUGGGCACGCACGAGUUCACGGUGGAGCAGUGCUUCGGCGACGGGCUGCACUGGGCCGGCUGCAUGGUCAUCGUCCUCCUCGGGCAGCAGCGGCGCUUCGCGGUGCUGGACUUCUGCUACCACCUGCUCAAGGUGCAGAAGCACGACGGCAAGGAUGAGGUCAUCAAGAACGUGCCUUUGAAGAAGAUGGUGGAGAGGAUCCGCAAGUUCCAGAUUCUCAACGACGAGAUCAUCACCGUCCUGGACAAGUACCUGAAGUCGGGCGACGGGGAGAGCACGCCCGUGGAGCACGUGCGCUGCUUCCAGCCGCCCAUCCACCAGUCACUGGCCAGCACCUGAGGCCGCUGCAGCCCCGCUCCUGCUGGCGUGCUUCCUGCCCGCACCUAGACUUAGCGGCUUUCAGUACCGACCUGCCCGGCUGAAUUUUAUAAAAUCGACUUAUUUUUCUAGACUCCCGUUCUAUGUGCUUUUGGUAAUCAGGAGGCCUGAGGACUUCUCUGCUGAUGGUCACCAUUACGGUCUCACGAAAUCACUUUUCCUACGGAACAUUCCAGCAGCCACGUGGCAGGACGCUGCGUUCACUCAGCCCUUAAGAAACGUAACAGCAGCUAACCGAACUAGUCCUGGGCCGGCUGCCACUGAACUUGGGUGACUGUGAGCUUAGUUCGGGAUGUUUCCCGCAGUCUCUCAUGAACACUCUGUUCUAAGUCUCUCUCUGCCCCGUCCCUCCUGUCAGUGUUCCAAAAACGGUGACCUCGAUUCCCCUGCACCACUAAAUGCAGUUGUGACAAAACUAACUUGCGAGGUAUGAAUUAAGGGUGACAAAUAAAACAGAUGGAAUCCG